AUGGUGUUACAGGAUAUUGAGACGCCCGCAGAUAGCUUCAACGAUAAUCCGUACCCCUCCGACGACGACGCAUACACCUCCACCGCGCCUGCCGGCCAACGGUACGAUGCCAGCAUCCUGCCACAACCACUACCUAUCUUCGGGCCCCUCCUCGGUUUCUCUAGCGGCACUAUACGUUUCAAGACCGAAUCAACGCUCAAGUUUGCCGAGAUGAGGCUCCACCGCCCGUUGACUGCCGAAGAAGCGCAAACUCUGGCGGGCCACCUGUACCAACUCGAACAGACCAAGUCGUACUUCACUACAGCUGGUGCUGGAGCAGGUGUAUACAGAUGGUACAACACGUGGGAGCAAUGUCGAUACCCGCUAUACAAGCCAAAGCCUGAGGACAUCAACCCCAACAAAUUUCUCUUCGUUAAGGGCCCGAUGGCACAGUACGCGCGACACAGCUGGAGGCUCUUCUGCUAUGUGUUUGUUGCUGGAGAGCUCGGCAAGCUUGUCGGUCAGAUUCUGUCGCAGCCUGUCGCCGCGCAGGCCACGGCGAAUGAUCCGAAGCUGGCCCAGUUUGCGGCAGACUUGAAGAACACGAUCUCAUCGGACACGGCACGUGUGACCAAUAGGACGGCACGUACCAGUGCUGAUGAGAGAAGAGCUGCAUGGGAGGCUGCUGCUAAGGCCAGAGCGACAGGAAAUACACAUCCACAAUCACCGUCGAGCGCUCACAAGUCCACGCCAGCUGACGAUGACAUGUCUCCCACUGCGGGCAACGAACCGUGGCCUAUGUCUUCGGACAGCUCCUGGAGCGACUCGUCGUUUUCCUCAGAUUCUGCACCACCUACUCAACCGCGACAGCAACCUACCAAUCCUUACAGUCAGACACCGAGAAGGCCAAUACGCCGGGAAGACGACGACACCUCGCCCACAGGAGGCAUGUUCCAGGAUGAAGUGCAGAGCCAGUCGAAGCCCGGAGAGUCAGCCUGGGACCGCUUGCGCCGUGGAGGUGCAUCGACACAGCAAGGACCUCCAUCGUCGAUGAACAGGAGACAUCCGCCACAUCAGGAGCAGAAAGAGGGGUCUACUAUGGGCGACAGCUUCACAUUCGUGGACUCGGAUGACGAGCGGAGGAGGGAGAGGGAGAGGGCGCAGCGGGAAUUCGAUGCGAGAAUUGAACAUGAGAGGAAGGGGAAAGACUUCAACGAAGAGAGGAGAUGGUAG